AUGAAAACGUUAUUUCUUGAUGCACUGAAAGGAAAAGACAAGGAUAGUAUUAAAACCUAUUGCUCAGAAAUUUUUCAAAAUGGUAAUAUACAAGAAAUGAAAGGUGUUGUUCAAGCCAUUAUUACUUUAAUUGGUUCUAAAUAUAACAGACAACAUUUCACUAUCCAUGACCUUUCUUUGUUAAUAGACAUAUCCAGCCUUUCCUUAGAAAACACUCAAGAGAUAUUAUUUCAGUUAGUCAUUACUCCAACAGAUCGUGAAAUCUUUAUUCCUCUUGAAAUUUAUUGUAAAUUAAUUGAUUUAUCCAUAAACACAAAAAAAGAACAUAUGUUGACUCAAUUAUUACAAUAUCAUUUAAUUCCAGAUAAUAAAGCAAUUGCUAUGAAACUCAUUUCGUACAAGCAUCAGUCUAGUUCAUUGUUUUAUGCUGGGAUAGACAUAUUAAAACGAACAAAUAAGUAUGAAGAGUUGAUUGAUAUCUACUUAUCUCAAGGUGACAUUUUUAUGGCACUUAGAUUGGCAGAUUUAUCUCGAAGGAGUAUUUCGACUCAAACAAUCAAAAAUUGUUUGUUAAAAUUAAAUAACUCUGUGAUAACAGCUCAAUUUGAGUGUGAGUAUCAACAACUAAUUUAA